GAUCGCUGAUUAGAAACAUGAAAAAGGCCGGAAAGGAGUUAGCUUUUCGCCUUGUGUCUGCUUUCGAUCUGGUUACUCACCACUUUGGUUUUUAAGAAGAAAUUCAUCAUGAAUAAUGGACGGAUAGAAUAUAGAUUCCUAUGGUUCAUAGAAAAUUACAGUUAUUGUUGGUACAAAAGUGGAAGAAAAUUGAUCAGUCUAGAGUUUACUGCCGAUGGCUUGGAAGGUACUGUUUGGACAUUACAUUUGUUUCCAAGAGGACUUAGUAAUAACUAUAAAGGCUAUAUUUCCCUUUUUCUUCGUAGAAAAUAUACUAUUGAUGACAGUCCAAAAGACUUCCCGCUUAAAUUCGAGCUAUCACUUCUCGCGACAGAUGGAUCAUCUUUGUGCUCUAUCUACCGUGAAUACUCAUUCCAAAUGGGGAUUGGAUUUGGAACGGGAAGGCUUCAAGAUGUAAAUGAAGUGCUUGUGCGCAGAAAAGUUGAUUAUUUACCUCAAGAUACUUUGAAUGUGCAGUGUAAAAUAUGGAAGGAAGAAGGGACUACUCAACAAGUUAUUGAAAUUGCUGCAAGAACUCGCAUUGGAACUGAAGAAAUUUCUUUUUUUCAUGUAAUUGAAAAUUUCAGCAAAAUGACACCAAAUGAGAAGACUAUUCGCAUUAAACCUCCUUUUAAAAAGAACUGUGAAUUUUCCAGUAGCCUGCAUUUUAUGGAUGAGGGAAAAAUCAUGUUGGAAAUCACAUCAUCCGAUACGGUAAAAAUCCCCACCAAAUGUAAACUUUAUUUGUUGGGGGCAUCUGAGAAAAAAUUUGAAUGUGGAGAGACAGACAAUCGAUUCGAUGCUGUAAGAAAUGACAUCCAAAAUCUGUUUCUGUCUCUUACAAGGCAAGAGAUUCUGGACGAGAAAACUAAAUAUUUGCCUGAAGAUAAGUUGUUUUUGUCCUGCGAGUUUGUUUUUUCUACAGGUGUGGAAUACGAGAAAAUUGAAAAACUUCAACACAAGAAACCCUUUGUGUGCUUAGAGCAGAUAAGUAACACAGUUCAAAAAGAGGACAUAUUUAAUGCUGCACAAAAAUUGUCUGCUUGUCCUAGUGCGUUGGAUGACCUAAAAUCAAUUUAUGAUAGUAAAUUGUUCGCUGAUGUGAAUGUCAAGACAAAAACAAAAUCAUUCCAUGUCCACAAGCUUCUGCUCUGUGCUAGAUCCCCGGUCUUUAAAACCAUGUUGACCACAGACAUGAAAGAAAAAAAUUGUAAUUCUAUUCAAAUCGAAGAAUUGGAAGAUGACAUAGUACAACAAUUUCUACACUUCAUGUACACAGAUAACCUCGAAGACCUUCAAUGGGAAUCUGCUAUUAAACUAUAUUACGCUGGUGAUAAAUAUGAAAUCGAAAAAUUAAAAAUCAUCUGCUCAGCUUUUUUGGUGGACAAUGUAACCACAUCAUCUGCUAGUGAACUUCUAGUUCUAGCAGACAAACAUAAUGACACAGAUCUUAAGAAGUUUGUGGAGGAUUUCAUCUUCAAACAUGAGAAAGAGGUAUUUGGUUCAGAAGAAUGGGAAAAACUAACAGAAAAUAAUGCUGAGUUAGUCUGUAAGACAAUGCUUCUGAAGUACAGAAGAAAAAUGUAGGUGACCCAUCUACUCGGACCUCCUCAACUUCAAGAAAAUCUAAUAUUUGAUAAUGGAAUGGGAAUGCGGAACGCUGUUUGUGUUGACCUGUGACAAAACGGUGAAAAAAAUCUGGAAAAAACAUUAUAUUGUACAUGUUUAUAAAGAGGCGAAAUGUAUUCGUUUCACAGCGUAAAUUGGUCCACCCUCCAGCUGUAACUUAUUGAACUCGUCUGAUAUCACACGGUUGUUAGGACUCACUCACAAACUCGUCAGAGUCAAGUGAUAAUUAUUACCAAGUUUUUUCAUUAUAUUUCAACUUUUUGUUUAUGUUUGAUUCAUAUUUUGUUUCUUUUUUCAGCCCAUCUACUCGGACCUCCUCAACUUCAAGAAAAUCUAAUAUUUGAUAAUGGAAUGGGAAUGCGGAACGCUGUUUGUGUUGACCUGUGACAAAACGGUGAAAAAAAUCUGGAAAAAACAUUAUAUUUAAAAGUUUUUUUCAUGAACAUUUAAUAGUAUGUGAGAAUUCUCAUAUUGUUAUUUAUAUAAAAAUUUUAAUUAUUUUUUUUACAAAUUCAAAUAAUAUUACUUAAUUUUCUUAUAGCUAAAAUGUCAUGAUUUAGGUAUAACGAUCCAUUCUGUUUAUUUUUACAUUAUCAUUUCAAAUUUUUCAUUAUUUGCAGAAUUAGAAACGAAUAUUUGCUUAGUUGGUGAUUCAUAUUAAUUUUAGCAAUGCUAAAUCUGCAACGAGUAACAAUGCAUAUUUGCAUUGCCUUCUUCUUUUGUAUAUUUAAUUUACCUAACAAAUAUUUUAAAGUACAAUGUACCUAUUAAAUUACUAUCUUGUUAUCAGAAUUUAUAAUAAACAAUUUAUAAUUACAA